CUCAUCACCAUCAUUAUUAUUAUUCUAUUAUCAUUAUUACUAGUACAACUAACCCUGCUCCCUCCAGCAUAAAAAGACACGCGACUCGUCCCCCGUUUUUAUGACGCGAUUUUAUUUUAUUACGUUUAUUUUACUAUCGUUGGUUAGUAGUGGAAGAAUCCGAACCCACUCAGGGGUUUGUUUCUCCCUUUGCACUCUCUGGUCCUUCCUCCUUCUCCUUCUCCUUUCCCUUUUCUUUUCUUUUGCUCUUCGACUCUUCUCUGGCCGCUUCUCCGAGUCCGAUGUGGGGAUAAACCAAGCCAUGCUUCAUAUGGCGCCGCCCCAAAAUUUCCACACCAUCUAUCUCAUCAUCAACAAGCCAAAGCGCAAUUGCCCAAUAGUCAAACCCCUAGCUUGGCGGGACGGAGAGUCUAAAUCUAUCCCUGGUAUUGUAUUGUUAUUAUUAUUGGUCCUGUCAGGAUACAGUCUGUCUUAUGAGCCUGUCACGUAUGGAUAAAUGAACACUCUGAAAUAGACUUAUACGGGCAAAAUCCGUCACCAGCAUCUUUAUAAGUAAAUAUCUGUCAGGAAAAAGAGGUUAUACACUACUGAACGCCACCAACAUCGUAUUAC